AUCAGUUCUGGCUAUUGACUGAGUUGUAAGAUUCUCAAAAUUGCCAGACACCAUCCUACGAAUUCACCUUCUUCUCUUCAGCCACGCUCCCUCGACACAUAAACUCAAGAAUAAGCCAAUAUGGGUCGUAUGCACUCCAAGGGAAAAGGUAUUGCCUCAUCGGCUUUGCCAUACCGCCGUACACCACCUUCAUGGCUCAAGACAACGCCUGAAGAUGUCUGCAAAGAAAUCAUCAAACUUGCACGUAAGGGUAUGACCCCUUCCCAAAUUGGUGUUCAAUUGCGUGAUAGCCAAGGUGUUGCUCAAGUUCGUUUCGUUACCGGUAACAAGGUUUUGCGUAUCCUCAAAUCCGAAGGUUUGGCCCCUCAAAUCCCUGAAGAUUUGUACCACUUGAUCAAGAAGGCCGUCUCUAUGCGUAAGCACUUGGAACGUAACCGCAAGGACAUGUCAUCCAAAUACAACUUGGUCUUGAUCGAAAGUCGUAUCCACCGUUUGGCACGUUACUACCGCACAAAGGGUGCUUUGCCCGCUACAUGGAAAUACGAAAGCUCGACAGCCAGCACUUUGGUCGCCUAAGUCGGUCGUUUCGUUUUCUCAUUAUUCCAUGUCGUAUACACUUUCACCGCGUUUUGGGUACAACUCUGGCGCAACCAUUCACCACCAUGUCCUUUUCGAGAUUCAGUCAUGCUAGGCUUUGGCAUCACGUUUAGGACACAAUUGUAUGAUUGAUAACAUUUACACAACUACAUCAAAAUGGCAUUUUAUUGCAGCAGAUAUCAUGAACGGUUUUGCUAUGUGUGCGAAUUUCUGUGGAUUUGAGUGAAGUUGAGAGGGGAGGGAUCUUUGAAGAGAAGAGUGUGGUUUGCAUUGCUGAGACUGCGAUUUGUGUGAUGCCAAGAAGGGAUGCACCUGAUUUUUAC